AUGCAGAACCAUUACUUUCGCCCAUCGACUAGCCAGAGCCAACCGGGCGGUUCUUAUGACCUUCCACCCGUGCAGUCGGUGACUUCGCCCGCUGGUCCCUUCCAGCAUGGCCCUCCUCCGCCGCAUCUUUCCGCUCCGCCCAGUCGGCCGGAUAGCGGACUGCGCAUGCCGCAUCUUCUGCAGCCGCUGCCACACCCAUUGCAGAAUCCCUCUCCCCCUCAACCGCCGGUCUACUCGCGAUCCUAUGAAUCCAGUGGAUCGCCCGCCGACGGAGCGACCAUCCUACAGGAUGCGCAGUCGCUGAACGGCUCUGCGUCGGGUCUCAUGGGUCAAUCCGCAGGCGCGGGGCAGCAACAUCCGCAUCAACCCCUACAGCAGAAGAGAGCCUAUCGGCAGCGCAGGAAGGACCCCAGCUGUGAUGCCUGUCGGGAGCGCAAAGUCAAGUGUGACGCCUCGGAAUCGUCCAGCUGCACCGAAUGUACCAAUCGGAAAGUGCGCUGUCAGUUCACCAAGGAGACCAACCGGCGCAUGUCGUCUAUCAAACAAGUACAAGACCUGGAGAAACAGCUGUCCUCCACCAGACAACAGCUGCAACAAUUGCGCUCGGGUAUGCUACGGUCUGAUAACCUGAUGGAUCUCGACAUCGAUGGAACGGGUCAGCCCCAGUUGAAACUCCCCGACCUGGGGUAUCGGCCCUCGCGCCGCCCCAAGGCGCCGGUCACGCAGGAUCUCACCGAAGCGCGAGCAAAUCUGAGAAACUACGGGCGAGGCAUCAUCAAAGUCCCGGCGCCAUAUCGUCCGCAGGGUUCGAAGUCACUGUUGGCCAGCGACCCCCCUGCGCUCCCUUCGAAAGAGGUUGCGGACCGUCUUCUCGCCCAGUAUUUCUCCUGCAUCCACUCCGUGCUACCGGUCAUCCAUUGGCCAAGUUUUGUCGUCGAUUACGAAAAGGUGUAUGAAGCUGGGUCUCUCCUUGGUGUCCCGAGGGAAUGGGCGGCCGUGCUAUUUGGGAUUUUCGCCUGCGGCUCCCUACACACCUUGGAUGACGCGCGCGAACGAAAUGGCAAGGAAUUUAUACGGAUUUCGUGCGGGGUGAUCGACGUAUGGCAGGACGACUUCACGUUAGACCAGGCGCGCGCGGCUCUGCUGGCUAGCAUUUUCCUUUAUGAGGUGAACGCGAAAUCGGCUAGUUGGGUAUGGAUUGGCUCCGCGGUGCGAGUGGCGCAGGAGAUCGGACUGCAUUUGGAAUCUGGCCCAUGGUCUGUCCUCGACGGUGAAAUACGCAAGCGGGUAUGGUGGGGGAUGUAUGCGUGGGACAGGCUGCUGGCUUUGGAAAUGGGAAAGCCUGUUCUGAUCAACGAUCAAGACUGCGACGUUGGUCUCCCGUGUCCGGUGGAAGAACAAGGCAUCGAAGGCGGAUGCGUGCCGGAGAGUCAACAGACGACUCCGCUUCUCGCCACGAUUCAUGUCGUGCGAUCGAUUGGCCAGCUAUGUCGGACACUGAGAAGCUGCAGCAUCAGCCCCGCCACGAUAGACACCUUUGAACGUCACUUCCACGCGUGCCUCGCCGUUUUCCCACCGCAAUACCACCCUACGUCCGACCAGUAUCUCGAUCCCCGGUGCCUCGCUCCCGUUGUCCACCUCCAGAACGCCCGUCUCAUCCUCCAUCGUCAUAACAUCUCCCCCUACUGCACCCCCGAAGUUCGCGCGUCGGCCCUGGAUUAUUGCAUGUCCACCUGCAAAGAUACCGCCAGCUUGCUCAUGCGUUGCAUGCGAACACCGCCCGGUCACACAGAUGUCGAUGACUGGCGGCCAUUGCUGGCGUCAUCCGCAAACACCAUCCUCUGCACGCACAUCUGGCGCUGCGUUCUACUGCUCCUUCUGCGUCAAGAGUUCGCCGCCGCGCUGGUCUGUGUGCAGGCUCUGGCUGUAGUCGGAGACUCGCGCGUGGUGAACGCGGCGUGUGGACGGUACAUUGCGUUCUUCCUCCACCAGCUGCUCGAGCGAGUCCAGCGCCCGGAAUCCGUGGACCCCGAACGCGACGAGGAACUGAUGGUCUACGCAUCGGGUGAUAUGCAAGGCUCCAAUGACGGCAGCUGGGCGUGGCAGGGAAGCGAGACCGGAUCCCAGCUGGAGGCCGCACUCGACGGUCCACCUCCCCACCCGCACCCGGGUGGACGGGACAAUCUGUCCACGGGGGAGGCGGAGAGCUGGGAAGGUUGGGAGUGGGUCGAAAAGACGAUCCAGUAUUUCCUGAGCGAAAAACAACGACAGCAAGCCCAGCCGCAGCCGAUGGAUUACGAACAGCGCCCCGUCUCGCCGCGUGUGAAGUCGAGUGAAUCGGCUUACCCUAGUCCUGAAAGACCGGCCAGUACUGACGAAGCGGCUGCGCAGCGGACGGCUUCCCGAAUGACCAUUGCGAGCAUCAUAUAA